AUGGCUUCACUUGGGCCUCAUGCAGUAAUUCCAGUUAUGUCCAUAUGUGGUUUUCUCGCUGUACUUAUUGUGGCAAUCCUUAUUUACUUUUUCUGUUGUCUCCGUCGGCGUGAUGUCUCUCAUAAGUAUCAUCAUUACCCAGGAUUUACACGCCGCCGUACAUUUGAGUUAACAUCCCAUCCUUCACCGGGAAUCUAUUCAUCACCAUUGGAGGUAGAAUUAAAGUCCACCUAUGGGGAUCAGUGUGAUAUUCUCGUGGAUGUAAACUAUAUACCACAUGAGGAAAAUACAAUCGAUGUCAGUGGAUAUGCUGAGAAUAAUAAUAAUACUGUUAAACUUAUCGGUACAGAUGAAUACUAUAGUGAUCAGUUUUUACUGUACACGGCACCAUUGGUAUUUAAUGAUCCUGGGAACUACACCGUGUACGCACAUACAGUAUAUCCAUCACUGCAGAUUGUGGGAGCUGUACACCAGUUCUCUUUUACGGUAAAACUUGAGACCCAAGGAGCAUUGCAAACUCUUCAGCAACAAUCACAACGUCAGGAAAGUGAACAACAGGUAAGUAUUAAUGUUUAUCGCGACCCUGGUAAAUACGCACUUUCACCACAGACUGACAGUUACCUUAAACCUCUUCCUCCUCGUAUUAUUCCUGAAAAGGGUGAGGUGACAACUUUUACAUCUAUUAUCAUAGCACCUAAUGAGGGAAGUACAACUCCAGAUCAGAUUCGAUAUAGUGUAGAUGGUUCAUUUCCAUCUCUCUUGUAUACUGGACCUUUUACCCUUUCCACUAUAUUAUUUGGUAUGGAUAGUAAAAGUAAACGUCAACCGGUAACUGUCCGUGCAAUCGCCAUAUCAGGAGUAGAUGGAUCGCAAACAAGUGAUGUAGUAGAGGCUCACCUUAUUGUUUUUGAAGCGGGCCAUACUUUUUUUGAUCCUAAUAUACCAUCACCCAUAGCACGAAUUCGAGCUUUGGGUGCAGAGCUGUACUUUGAUGAAUCACAACGUCCACCAAAUACCAAUAUUAUGUAUCAAUUAGUGUAUAUUGGAGAGGCUAGACAAAAACCCAAAUUUUCCCGUAAAAAGGGAGUCCUGUAUGGUGGAAGACCAGUUCCACUAAGUGAAGAUGUAGCAUUUAUUUAUGCAUGGACAUUUUUAGAUGAUAGAAAUCAACAAAUGAAUGGUGACGGACGCCGCAAUGUGCGUAGUUCUGCAGCUGUAUAUGAUUGUUGCCGCGCCACUACAUGGAAUAGAGGACCGCGUGAAGAGAUAUUUGAAGAAGGGGAAAGAUUACAACAUCAACAAACUCUCCCACCACCAUGUAUUUGCAUAAGCUGUAAAGAGAUGGAUCUCUACUUUGAGGAUCCUCCAGCAGGUGGGAUUAUCUGUUACACCUUGGAUAGUACAGAACCUGUACAACCAGAUGCCACCACCACAACAGCAUUUAUGGCUGGAAUUGGGUUUGCUGGCUCAACACAUCUUCCAAAGACCCAUGGAAAGAAGUUAAACUUAAGUACCCACAUCUACAAAGAGAAUCAACCCAUUCAUGUCACUUUACUACAAACAGAGGAAGUGUUUUUGGCAGCACGUACAUUUAUUCCUGUUGUAGAUCCUGCAGCUGGAGGUGUAGUGACAAGUUACCGAUACGGUGAACGUUUUUACCGUGGAUUCUUAAGUCAAUAG